GUCUAUCAUUCAUCAUAUUAGAGGUUCUAUUUAUACUCAAAUAUUGGUUUCGAAUAUUAAAAUUGUGGGUAGAGAAGCAUGGCUAAGAGUGGAAAGAUCGAGGUUGAUUUAGAAAUCCAGGCACCUGCUGAAAAAUACUACCACAUUUUCAAAAUCCAAUCCCACCAUCUUCCCAAUAUCUCCUCUGAUAAUCUGAAGGGAGUUGAUUUGCAUGAAGGAGAAUGGCACAAGGAAGGCUCCAUCAAGACCUGGAAAUAUACUGUUGGAGGAAGAGAGGAGACGUAUAAGGAGAAGAUCAUGGUGGAUGACCAGAAGAAAUCAGUGACUCUUGUUGGGUUGGAUGGAGAUGUGUUCAAGAAUUACAAGAGCUGGAAGGGCACAUUCCAAGCCACGCCAAAGGAUGAAAAAAGCUGCGUGGUGAAACAUAUUGUGGAAUAUGAGAAACGCACAGAGACUGUUCCAGAGCCACAUGAAUACCUAUAUUUCAUGGUUAAAAUUACGCUAGACAUUGCAGCUCAUCUUGGCAAGCAGGCAUAGAUGAGUUCAAACGAUGUCGUUUGUUGAUUUCACUAUGCAUUACUACUCUUUGUAAUAUUAAAUAAUUUGUGAUAAUGUUUUCUUAAAACCGACUAGUCGGUUGGUUUUAAGUAAUUAUGUGUGAGGUUGUGCAAGAGAUCUUGUGAUGAGAAUAAUGUAGUAAAAUGUGUGAUAAACAUGUUUAAUAAAUUGCUAAGUGCUUUCUUGCCUUGUUAGAAAA